AUGGAGGCGGCCUCUGAAGCAGAGCCAUGGGAAUCCAGGCGCAUCCAGUUGAGGAGCAAGUCCUUAUACCCACCGGCGGUGGCCAACCCCUUUGUGCACCAGGUGCGCAUCAGUGCCUGGGGCUGGGUGCGCACCAUCCUCUUGGGGGUUGUGCUGGUGCCUGUGCGGGUGUCCUGCAUCGCCUUCCUCUUCAUCUUCAUCUGGCCCGUGGCCACACUUGCCACCAUUGGCCGUCCUAUUCAACCUGCCCAGCCCGCCUCGAAUUGGAGAAGACAACUGACGCAACCAGCUCUUAAGUUCCUGUUUCGGGCUAUGCUCUUUUUGGUGGGGUUCGUGGUUAAAGUGAAAGGGAAAAAGGCAACACGAGACGAGGCCCCCAUCUUAGUGGUGGCGCCGCACACCACCUUCUUUGACGUAAUCGCCUGUGUUGUGGCAGGAUUGCCAUCCGUGGUCUCAGCUAGUGGAAACAUGAGGAUCCCAGGGGUUGGGAAAGUCAUGCUGUCCACGCAGCCAGUACUUGUGACCCGGGAUGACCCCAAUUCCAGGAGGAGUACCCGGAAAGAAAUCGUGAGGCGCGUGACAUCCGGAAAGAAGUGGCCACAGAUCCUGAUUUUCCCAGAAGGAGUGUGUACUAAUCGCUCCUGUCUGGUCACUUUUAAACUUGGGGCCUUCUCUCCAGGUGUUCCGGUGCAGCCAGUGCUGCUCAGGUACCCAAACACCCUGGACACGGUGACCUGGACCUGGCAGGGGUUUUCAGCAUUACAGGUCUUUAUGCUGACCCUGAGUCAACUCUUCACUAGGGUGACAGUUGAGUUUAUGUCUGUUUAUACCCCAAAUGAUGACGAAAAAGAAGAUCCCAUCCUCUUUGCCAAUGCAGUGCGGAUCAACAUGGCAAAUGCUCUGGGCGUGCCAGUGACAGAUCACACUUACGAAGACUGCAAACUGAUGAUUUCUGCAGGUCACCUUCAACUACCCAUGGAAGCCGGUUUGGUGGAAUUUACGAAAAUUAGCCAGAAAUUGAAGUUAGAUUGGGAUAAUAUUCAUCAGCGUUUGGAUGAAUAUGCUGCAAUUGCAGUUGCCUCAAAAGGAGGAAAGAUAGGAAUUGAAGAGUUUGCAAGCUUCUUAAAACUCCCAGUUUCAAAACCCCUGCAACAACUUUUUGCCCUCUUUGACAGAAAUAAUGAUGGCAGCAUAGACUUCAGAGAGUAUGUGAUAGGCCUGACUGUCCUGUGCAACCCUGACAACACUAAAAAGAUUCUGAAAAUGUCCUUUAAGCUUUUUGAUCUUGAUAAGGAUGGUUUCAUAACAGAAAAGGAGUUAACUUCUAUACUGCGGGCAGCUUUUGGAGUGCCAGAUCUUGAUGCUUCCAAGCUCUUUCAGGAAAUAGCUGGAGAGAACUCAGAGUACAUUUCAUUCAAAACCUUUAAGAAAUUUGGCCUGAAGCAUCCAGCAUAUGCCAAGUUAUUUAGUUCAUACCUAGACCUCCAGGCAGCCCAUAUAUUUUCAUUACCACAAGACUAA